AGCAGUGUGUAUGGUUGCUCAGCAGCCGCAGGAGCGACGGGGGUGGAAUGCAGAAUGUUUAGCUGGUUUCCUCGGUAACAGCACCCGGCCGAAGGGAGCAGUUAUGCUGGAUACACAGCGGAGCCGGUGCGAGUGGACAGCGGAGCCUUGAUUUUUACUAUGGCGGAAAGCAAGCAAGAGAGGAGCCUGACUCAUCUUUUAGAUGGCUUGGAAAAGGCCCACAGAGCCGAUGUUCAACUUUACACUUCAGGACACUUAAACCAUAACAAGCUUUAUAAGCCCCGAGAGAAUGUAAAACCAGGAUACUGGGACAGCGCCAAGACACCAACACGUUUCAUGACAGGAAGAAAGCAACUCCCAGCUCAAAAUAUAUGCAAUGAGACAGCCAAGAAGAUGAAAAAUACUUUGGCUGAUUUCACCCCCAGCACCACACCGGUUCCAGUGUGUGCCAAAUCUGCCUCUCCUAUCUACAGACACUCUCAGGCACUCCUGGCCAGUGUUGAUCGCCCAGUGAAUGGCCCAUUAACUUCUACUCCUUUGGAAAAGCAGUUGAAAGAGCUUAAAAAGAAAAUAGAGGAGGAAACUGACAGACUCAAUAAACCACUUAAAAGAGAAGAGUUAGAUGUGCCAGAGAUGAAGGUGUUGAAGUACAAGCCAGUUAAGAACAGCCGACGUUGUGCUGCUGAAGUUGCUAAGGACGAGUACCAGUUUAUACCUUCAUAUUUGGCUGGAGUGACUAAAACUGAUCAGUUUAACAAGUUUUUACAUUUUCAGAGGGAUUUUAUUGCCAAGCAUGAUCUGCUAGAGAAUGACAUCACCGGGAGCAAAGCAUCAGAGCGGCAUGAAAGGAAGUUGGCUCAGGAGCUCCAGAAGAUCUGUGAUUGUAACCGUCCCCAUUUCAAACGGUUGCAGGUCUUUGGGGAUGUGUUUGAAGAUAUUUGCAACAGCUCUUUGAUAUUUGGUGAUAUUCUGAAGGAAGUUAAGAAUGAAUAUGAGCUCUACAUGGUGAUACUUCUGGAUUCUCUGCCUACAACACAAUACAAGACACUGAUGGCUCAGGUGAAAGGUAUGGGGAAAAGACCUGUGAAGGCGCAAGAAAUAGAAGAGACCAGGCAAGAAGUACAGACCCUUGUGAAAAAAGCCAAAAGUGCCUUGGAGAGAAAUGAAGAACUCAGAAAUGAAUUAGAAAUUCAGUUGUGGGUGAGCCAGUCUCCUGAGAGUAAAACUGUUCCAGAGACCUCCGGUGACCAUGCUAUGAAACUGCCUGAAAAGAAACAUCUCUCCCUUGCUGAACAGAUUGAAUCUAUGCGGUGCCAAGUUCUCGCUAAGUGGGAGGAAAUGCAAGCGAUAGAGAAAGAGAUUCGAGAAACUAUGACUCAUGCUGGGAUGGCAAAUACUAUAGAGAAGACGGUUAAAGACAUAGAGGCUGAGGCUCUCAAACUCAACUCAGCCAACAGCUUCCUUCAACACCAAAUCAAAGAAGUUCAAGACAACAUCACAGACAUUUUAAAUAGACAGAAGGUCACCCAGGAAAAUCAGCGAAAGUUGUGGGAGUUACUGAAGAAAUUCUUGUCACUUGAGGAUAAUGAACCAACUUCAGACAAUUCAGAAGAACGUGUAGGAAGAUAAAUUGUAGAUGCCUUGAAUGUAUACUUGACACCUUGAAACCAUGCAAAUGAAAUCCAAAUAUGAAAAACUGAUGUUGAGUCUCGGAAUUAAGUAUAAUAAUGCAACUUCAGAAAUAGAAAUACAUACCAUUUUUUACACCAAUUAUCAUGGUUUGGUAUCCUGUAUAUAUAUAUAGAGAGAGAGAUUACUAUGUACUAUCUAGAAAAUGCUCUGCAUUAGUAAUAGCAAUUGUUUAAGUAGCUGUGCCUUUUCCAUGUAGCUUUCAAUAGAAGCUGCUCUUGCUUAGUGAUGGAACCUUUAUUAUGCAAGUGGCAGAGGUUAUUAAUUAAACUCCCAGGAUGGAACUCACAACUAAAAGCUAUUCACGUAAAUGGAAGCUGCAGCUUUUAAAUAAGAUCUAUUUAUAUCACUGUGUGCAAAGACUUUCUUGCAAGUACUGCAUACUGGACUUGAUUUGGACUGCUUUACAGUGGUAUGGCAUACUGGCACCUCUCCUGGCAGCCUUCUUGUUCUACAGAAUCUCAGCUUCCAUUUUAGA